AGUGGUAAACCCUUUCUCUUCUUUGAAGUCCAGUCAUAGCCUGUAGCGCCAUCUCAAGAACAGUUCCAAUCGAAGCUUUCAGCAUACUACCGAAAUGGCAUCUCCGUCAAGAUUGGAGGUUCUUUCUCUCUUCCGUUCUCUUCUCCGGACAUCACAGAAAUUCACAGAUUAUAACAUAAGGGAAUACACAAGGCGUCGGACAAUCGACGCAUUUCUCCAGAACAAAUCCAUCUCUGAUCCUGCUUCUGUAUCCGCCGCCUUCUCCGACGGAAAGUCUCAACUGGAGGUUGCUAAAAGACAGGCAAUUGUUUACUCUGUUUAUGCUCCGGAUGUGAAGAGUAUAAUGGAAAUCAAAUGAUAAGUCGGGGAAGUAACUGUUAUCUCACUUUCCUCCCUUACAUCGAACAAAAUUGAAUGUUUUUUGAUUAGGCAAUAGGGUUUUCCUUGAUACCCGGAAUCUGUAAUGAAGAUAUUCACCCUCUUAUCUAGUAUUAUUAUUAAUAACAGGUUUUCUUGAUGAACUGAUAAGAAAAUUGGAAUCUUUUUUCAUUCCUAUUUUAUUGAUUUUCUAUAUCAUGAUUCUGGAUU